AUGGAACGUAUGAACGGAGACGAUCAAUCUUUUGCAGAGCUGAUGGAUCUUUUGUGGCAAUCACUUUGCAAAACGUCCCAGAACGGAGGAGGAGGACAGGGACAGAGGAAGCCUUCGCGCUCAUCGGCUUCGGACUUGGGAGAAGAUGCCAGCUUGAUCUCCAUGCUGGCAAAGUUGACACUUCGUCAGGAGGAUCAGCUGAACCAGAUCCAUUUCGACAAGAGCUUCAUCUUCUUUGUCCAAGCAGGAAAAGGCAGCCUUCUGCCACUGAUGUUGAAGACAUCAAAGGACUGGCAUGGGCAGCGGGAGUCGGGGCAGGUCACCGCCUCGUUGAGGCAACAUAUGUUCCGCUCUGUGUUCGAGGAGUUGGCCUACCGAGCAUCGAAACUGCCCUUCGGAUCAAACGAUCACGAAUUGAUCAAGGCCCUUCAGAGCAAGCAAGUAUUGACAGCAACCAACUCCUGGAAUUACCUUCAAUGGGACUCCAAAGAGAAGACUCUGAAGCCGGCAGCCCGAGAUCCCCUCCCCUCGGAGGAAGCCGCAGCAUUGAUCCAGAAGAUUCAUUCUUUGGCAGCUCAAGCGGACCCGAUCCACUGGUUCUCAGCUCUGAAACCAGUGCCUCAGGAUUCAACGGUGACGGACUCAAUAGUUGAGGGGCCAGGCUUAAGAUCUCUACGAUGCCCUACAACGAUUGACCGGCAGCGGGCUUACGCAGCUGAUCUUUGUUCGAAUCCGACCAUCGACCUUGCAGAGGUCACCAUUGGCUGA